UGUGCGGGCACGGACACAGAGAGACUGAGAGAGAGGAGCAUCGGGCGCCGAGGGGUUCUUCUUUGCGAGUUGUAGGGUUUCUUCUAGGGUUUCAAGGAGCGAUAUGGCGAAUCAGGGGGCGAAGAAGAGGAAGGAGGAGAACAAGAAGCACAUGACCAUGCUCCUACGCCUCAUCGUCGCCUCUAACGUCAUAUAUGUGCUAGUGAGGAUGAUAAUAUUUCAUUCAACUUUCACAUGGAAGCAUUGGAUUGGUCUUCUUGUGACAUCUGUUGCGUACAUUGUCCCGUAUCUACAACUUGCUAAUAUGGCAAAGCCAACAUUCUCAGAUGACGGAGAGCUCCUGGAUGGUGGAUAUGACAUGACAACCGGCGGAGUGUGCGGAUAUCUGCAUGAUGUGAUCUACAUAACAUGCUUUGUGCAGCUGAUGUCCAUCAUUUCUGGAAAGUUCUGGUGGACGUACUUAGUGAUACCGGCAUUUGGUGCGUACAAGGUUUCCGGUCUUUUAAAAGGAACAUUUCUUGGCGGCUCAGAGGGGGCCGUAGAGGAUGAGAAGAGCCGCAAAAAAAGGGAGAAGAUGGAGAAGAAGGCCUCAAGAGGCAAAUUUAUCAAAACCAGGAAUCGCUAAUGCUCUAUAUCUUACACCCCGGAGGUUAGGUUGGCGUGUUGUUUGACAAAUAUUGUAAUUCAUGUGCUCAUUUAUUAUUCUCAAAUCCAGCUAGAGCUAAGCAGGGUAUAGCAUCUUUUGGGAGGUGCUUUCGCUGGCCGAUCCUUUGAUUGACCUAAUCGCUUCAUCAUGUGUGUGAUUGGAUAGUUAGGUCAAUGCACAGAAAAUCUAUUUAUACAACUAGUAACAAUUUUUUUAUAUUCUCGCGACAGAGCAGAUACUAAUGCAUUAUAUGUACCAAUAUGUUGGUUUAUUUUUUGGUGUAAUGUUAAUUUUACAUCCUUUACUGAA